CCUCGCCAUUCACUCUUACACCAGACUAUCUCAUUGGCUUAGUGGUGUGCUGUUGCACUCGCAAGGCUGCUCUCAGAAUACCAUCUCAAUCGUUACCCGCCAAUCGAGUCGGCACACCGCGCGCAACAGGCCGGCCUUCCUUCAUUCUAUAUCUGACCUGCCGCAGAACAAUGCGACCGUGAUUCAUUCCUCGAGUCACAACCUGCUUCGAGUCGAGAAGCAACAUGGGAGGCCCAUCUGAGCGGCCAUUACGCUUCCCGUGCUGGUGUCAGGCUACAUAUUCCUACGGCGGCGAAACGAAGAAAGACUUGGGGUUUGUGGAAGGCGACUUGAUCGAGGCGCUGAACGCAGGCGAUGGAUCAUGGUGGAUGGGAAGAUUGCGACGAGACCCAAGAGCCAUUGGUCUAUUCCCAAGUAACUUCGUCCGAGUUCUCGACGAGUCCUUCCAACCCACCCCGGCCAGCCGCACUGCUUCGCCAUCCGUCUCUUCCCAACGCCCACCCACCAGUCCCGCUAAGAGUUCAGUGUUCAGGAAACCCUUUCAGGCAUACGAUGAGCUUGGAAAGCGUGGAAGUCUGGACAAUGGCAAGGACAGAGAAGGGACGCCGGACGCCGAGAAAAAGAGCAAGUUCCGGCCCUACUCCAGCAUGAAGACGGCGGUCGCGCCGACUGGGACCAUCAAGCGGGACAGCAGCGGACGGCCGACUCCCGUUCAAGAUGAGGAUCAAUUUCGCGUGCCAGCUCCGCUGCCGAGAGGAGGCUCAAGAAGCCCCCGGCCGCGACGCAAAGAGCACUCAGCCUCACCUGCGCCCAUGCACAUGCAUGGAGGACCUUCCCCUCAGCCAGCCCGCGCAAGAAACCCGUCAUCCCUGCCAAAUACCUACCACGACGGUUCCGCGUACCCUCAAUUCUUACCGCCAUCAAGACAGCCCUCUCCAGAGCCAUUCCAAGAGCCACUUCAGCCUGCGGCUGAUGACUACCCUCAAGAAUACCAUGACUCCCGGAUGCCCUCUCCUGCACCGUUCGAUGAUGUCUUGUCCUCUCCCCCACCUCCGCCGCCGGCACAUAGGAUCGCAUACCAGCCAAGCCGACCAGCCUCUCCACAGCCAUUUCAAGAUAACGAGCACACGAUGGCCGACGCUGGACGUUUCACGCCUAUUCCGCGGUCCCCCGGUGGCAGCCAUAUGACCCCGUCUCCGCUCCGUGACGCAAUGAACGACGUAAUGUCAUCUUUGCACGGCAUGAGCAUGUAUCAAGAGGAACAACAGGCAAAUCCUUACGACGAUGAUAAGGACGACGUUGCAGUCUCUGCAUGGUCUCCGGAAGCAUUCGACUUGGUCAGGAGUCGGUCCAGGGCGGCACGGCAAGGUCCAACGAUCUCGGCUUCCACAUGGGCACCCGAGCCUUUUCAGCUAUCGAGAAGUCAAUCCAAUGCUACGAGACGGCCACAAUCAUCCCUUGGCUUCGCGAGAGACAGCACCCAAGGACAUAUGGCCCCGUCGAACGACGAUUCAGCUCAGCUGGAAACGUACGUGCAGCGCAUGGAACAGCAGCUCUACCAUGAAACCCCUCACGGCUUUGAUCCAUCCACCCAACCUCCUGCUCCACCUCAGCAGGCGAACUCAUAUACGUCUCGGCCGACGACGUCGGGUGGAUCGUCCACUCAAUACUCUUCGAGAAGCUUUGAUCCGCAUUCCCGAGAACCGCAUCUUCGACAUCGGAAAUCGGCCUAUGAGUUGGGCCAUAAAGUGCUCGGCCGUACAAACACUACCAGGACCAAUGCUACCAACUCUACAGAGAAUUCCUCGGGGACGCAAGGUAGCAGUAGCACGCAAUUGACUAGCCACAGUGUCAUGUCCGGCCACUCUGCGGGAGGGUUCAGCGCGACAAGCGCGGGAAGCCUGGCGCGGAAGAGGUUUGGACUGGGCAGUCAGAGGGGGAAACGACCAUUCGGCAUCAUUGAUACCAAGUCGACUCCAGAUAUCGGCUCGCAAGCUAGAAGCAUGGCCUUGAGCACUAUGUCUGGCAGCGGCCCAAGCUAUCACCAAAGCCAUGGCUCCGUCCCCCAACCACCCCUGACUCCGACCGCCGAUUGGUCUCAGAAUCCACUGCAGACCUCGAGUGUAUUUGGUGGUUUGGGCACCCCAACGGCGAAGAAAAGCAACUUCUUCAAGAAGAUGAUCUCGUCUGCGAAAACCACCGCCCGUACCGGAACGGCUAACGCAAGGUCAACGAUCGGCAGCAGACCAAGUAGUCGCGCUGGUGGGAUCAGUCCAACCAAAAGCUUGAUGGGCGACAGAGGUGGGGUGGGCUUCGCGGGAGACAUGGCCUCGCGACCUGGAUCAGCCGCGGCGGAGAUGGGCCUUGGUGGCGUAGACUGGAUGCAAGUGCGCCGCGACGUCAAUCGAUCGAACUCGUUGAGCGGGCGUGAGAGAGUGGAGCGAGAUGAGAGAUGCCAGAUGCUCGACAUUCCCGUUCUGAGCCCGGUCGAUCAUUUCCUCGAACUAGUGGAGGGGAACGAGAGCCUUGACGGCCUGCCGGUCACCCAACCCACCGACUUCAACUUGCCCAACCUCGCGUUAGUCGACAAGAGCACUCGCUUCCUCCAGAGUCUACCCUCCGUGAUCAGUGCAGGGGCUCUUGCUCAGAACUAUAUUUGCCGACCAUACCGCAGCGAUGUCCAACGACUCCGUGCAAUCUUCACUUUCGUUGCCGAACGUAUUGCCUGGGAGGAGGACUUUGAGGGCGACAUCGACAUUAGGAGAGCAAUGCAGACUCGACGUGCUUGCAGCGAGGAGAUCGCUCUCGUUGUGCGAGAGAUGUGCUCCGCCGUGGGACUUCACGCCGAGGUCGUUCAAGGGUAUUUGAAAGCUCCCGGCGAAGCGACAGAUAUGGAGUGUCUCAAUCGUCCCAACCACUGGUGGAACACGGUGAUUAUCGACGGCGAAUGGCGCAUCCUGGACUGCUCAUUGGCCAACCCGACCAACCCUCGAAGAUCUGCUUAUAGCAGCGCGAGCGGCCAGGUGGCGGAAGGUUGGUACUUCUUGGCUCGACCUGUGGAAGCAUGCUACACCCACGUGCCCCUGCUGCCGGAACAGCAGCACGUAGUGCCUCCAGUACCCCACGAGAUCCUCGCUGCACUCCCAUGCGCGUGUCCGACAUACUUCAAGCAUACGCUCGAGCUUGCCAACUUCGAUACGAGCAUGCUGCAUCUGGAGAAUCUCGAGAUGGCCCACUUGCAUGUCAACGUGCCCGAAGAUGUCGAGUGUGUCGCGGAGGUCGAGGCCAAGGCCUAUGCUAGAGACAUUGACGGCGACUGCUUCGAGAGUGGCGACACGGUUGUGAAGAAGGCCUUUGCUCAAGCAGAGUGGGUCGGCGGCCGCAAGAGAUUCACCGUGAAAGCUCUGCUCCCGGGUGAUGAAGGCGCCGGUGUGCUCAAAGUGUACGCCGGCAAGCGAGGACUCAUGCACAGCAUCAAAGACAACCCACACUCUCUGGCCCUGGCCCUGCCCCUCUCCCACCACGGCCCAAACCCGCCAUACGAGUUCGUCACUCGUCACCCCACUCCGCACGCCCAACGACACGACCUCUACAUCGCGCAGCCGCAGUGUUCCCGCCUAGCGAUGAACAACACCUUCGUCUUCUGCGUUCGCCAGCACCCAUCUUCCCUCUCCCGCUUCACGCCAGACACAUGGGGAGGAUCCAAUCAGCCUCGCUCUGCCAGUCCAAACCCCUACGUCCGUCCGACCAGCGCAAUGAGCAUGAUAUCCGCCAGCGCAUCCCAGGCCGGCAGCAACUACUCCGAUAGUUCGUCAAACGCCGGCCAGCCAAUGACAGCCGCCCAGCAGAAACCGGCGAAGCUGGCGAUUCAGACUCCCAGCCAGAAAAUCAUUCGGUUGACGCGCAAGUCGGAGCACUCUUCGCGGCACGCGGAUGAGGAUGCGGGACAGACGAGUGUGUGGGAGACGGCGAUCAAGAUUGGGGAGCGGGGGACGUGGAGGGGACUUGUGCUCGCUGAUCGGAGUGCGAGGUGGUGUGUUUUCGCGGAGUGGGAAUGCGUCUGAUGUUGCUUACGAUUCGAGUUGGGUAGCUGUUGGGCAUGUGUACGUUGGCAGUGCUAGAGCGAACAUUCCAGGUCACAGGCUUUGUUGUAGGAGUAGUAGAGUAGAAGGUAGUACGCUGUA